AGUCCAGACUGCGCUGCUGGACGUGUUGGGUCCGGAUCAUGYAGCGGGUCUCUCAGCCAGUCUGACCUCCAGCUGCCCCGCGGAGCUCCAGCAUGCUGCAGCCGAGAAACGAGUCCUCCUGCCGGGCUGAGCUGCCGGGGACCAACGGCUCGGUGAGCGGUGGACCCGGACCGGAGGCGGUGGUGGUCCCGGUGGUGUUCGGGCUGAUCUUCGUGGUGGGGAUGGUGGGGAACUCUCUGGUGAUGGUGGUCGUCGGGAGGGUGAGGUCCAGCAGCGGGGCGCGCGCCCUCAGCCCCACCAACAUCUUCAUCAUGAACCUGAGCGUGGCGGACCUCCUCUUCCUCCUGUUCUGCGUGCCGCUGCACGCGACCAUCUACUCCCUGCCCGAGUGGGUGUUCGGGGCCUUCCUCUGCAGGUUCGGACACUUCUUCUCCACCGUCAGCAUGCUGGUCAGCAUCUUCACGCUCGUGGCCAUGUCCGUGGACCGGUACAUCGCCGUGGUGCGCUCCAAGAGUUCCGCGUGCGUGCGGAGCCGCAGGAACGCGCUGACCGGGCUGUGCGUCAUCUGGACCCUGUCUCUGCUGUUGUCGGUACCGGUGGCGCAGCACCAGGUCCUGGUCAGUCACCCCAGAGCCCCGAACAGCACCUUCUGCUGGGAGAACUGGUCCGGCUCGCCGCGGCUCGCCUACAAGGUGUCGGUUCUGCUGCUGGGGUUCGUGGUCCCGCUGCUGCUCAUCUGCUGCUGCUACACCAGGGUAGACGGCUCAGACCAUCCUCCUUGUCGUCACGGCCUUCACCAUCUGCUGGAUGCCUCAUCACAUCAUCGCCAUGUGGGUGGAGCUUGGCACCUUCCCGCUGAACGACGCCUCCUUCGCCUUCCGCAUCGUCUCCCACUGCCUGUCCUACGGAAACUCCUGCGUCAACCCCGUCCUCUACGCCUUCCUGUCGGAGAAUUUCCGCAACGCGUGCCGUCAGGUCUUCGCCCGCCACCUUCUGUACCCGCCUCCGUCCAAAGGGAAGGUGGUACGCUUCCGCAUGGACAACUUCUCCACCACACACUCCACAACCAACAUCUGAAGGAGGGGAGGGUUAGGUGUGGGAGACGCCACGAGGUCUGUCAAAGGAAACUGUAGGGAAACCUGAUUCUGUGCAGACCUGGAGGGUCUAGAUGACCGUCACAUGACAACAGGACCGAGUGUGAUUGGCUGCUCUUGGAAAACGGCAAACAAGAUGAAGGUUAUUAACCCUCAAUUUGUUUUACUGACUUUGUUCAGUGUUUUUACUGCUUUCAAAUAUUGGCUUCUUCAACCAAUAAUGGACAGAAACUGAACAAUUCUUCAUUUUUUAUGGAUGUUUAAAACUGAUCAUCUGUUUACUAAGUUAUAGUUCAGAACCUGCAUGCCGAAGUCUGUAAUCUGUAUCCAGUAUUUCUGGAACCAGUGUGGUUUUCUGUUGUCUGUUUUAUUUUUCAUUAGUGAACUGCUUUCAUUUGUCCAGAGCUGUAAUUAUCAGAAACUGAUUUGUUUUAUUCUCCAGCACAAAGCACUUUAUAAAAAACAAUGUUAAGAUUAGAGUUAAUGAUGCAACCCUCAGAACAGACAAAUGAAAUAUGCUGGACUCCGUUAGGUGUUAGUGUACUUCAGAUUGGGCACUUGAGUCCUGAGUUAAAACUUAAACAUUACACACUGACUAAAAACACAUUUCUGUUAUUUAAACAAGGUGACCCUCCUUCCUUAUUGGCCUACAGAGCCUCUGACUGGAUCAAAGCAGAUAAACAGCAGGAUAUUUACUGUUGCAAAUUUUUAAAAUAAAUACAAAAUAAGUAAGA